AUGUCAUUGCAGCAAGAAGGAUCAUCAUCGGCGUCAUCAUCCUCAUCGAGAAUUAGCCAGAGGAACAAACAAGUUGGGUCUCAGUCUGAAGAAAAUUUAACCGUGGAAGCCUUAAGAACACAAGAACUAUCAGUAGGUCUGAUUGUAAGUGCUUUUGUACUUGUGUUGAGCUGCGGUGUCAUUUUCCUACUAGGAGUCAACAUCGUGAUCCAGUAUCGUACCAUAAACUGGGGUUAUGUACCAAAAGCCAUUUUGAAAAUGACUUACAUAUUGUUAAGCGUGGUCUCCAUCUUCUAUAUUAACAAAUUCAACCUGUACUUCUUCAGAUUGAUGAACAACAGAGACACGUCCAAUGCCUACGCUAGCAUCCCACAACUGGAGCCUGUUCAGAUGAAAACAGGCGUGUAA